CAACAGAGGUCAAUUCCAGUCAAAGAACAAACCCCAUAUGUCCCCCCCCACCGUCUCUCUAAACCCCUCCUCUCUCUCUCUCUCUCUCUCUCUCUCUAAAAUAUACAUUCAUUCAGCCUUUUCCCACAGCAAGCCAUAACUGACUUCCAUGCACGAACAUCGUUUCUCCCCUUGAAGAAACCGUCCCAAACGCCCUAUCUCCUCCCCACCCCUCUCUCUCUGCUUUCUCUCUCUCUCUAAAAACUCUCCUUUCUUUCUCUGGAACUCCUCUCCCUGCUACAGCAGCCACCCUUCUUCCCAUGGCUGACGAGACCCCCACCUCUCCGCCUCCACCUCCGCCCCACAAUGACCAAACUGCCCCUAUCACCGCGUCAGCUUCGCCGCCGUCGCCGUCUCGGGCCGCGGCGGAGCCCCGAGCAGCUUCUCUGUCCGCCCUCUCUGCCCUCGGCUCGGAAACCCUACCCUCGAUUGGGACUGAUCGCGACUUUGAAUGCCCUUCCUUCUCUGAGCUUCUGGAAGGCGUGAUGGCCGUCAAUCCGGCGGACUUUCGGAUGGGUUCGGAAGAUCGGACGCCCGGAAAUGCUGGGAUUGAGGGGAAAUUUGGGAUGACACAUCAAGAAGUUUUGGCAGGUGUGACAGCUAAAGCUGCUCAAAAUCAAUCACAGCUGGAACUUCAAACUCCCUGCAAGUUAUCGCCUGCUACUCAAUCUGAAUUAUCAGUUCCAAAUUCAACACCUGCAAGACAAGAACCGUUUUCUGCCCCUCAAGAAGGCCCUCAUAUGCAAGAAAUGGACCAGCGGAAAUCCUCCAACCAUAAAACCAAACAUUCCCAUGUCAUUUUGAAGACACCUGGCUCUGAUGGGUUUAAUUGGAGGAAGUAUGGUCAAAAACAGGUGAAGAGUUCUGAAACUUCUAGAAGCUAUUACAGGUGCACACAUUCUAAUUGUCAUGCAAAGAAGAAAGUUCAGUCCUGUGAUCACACUGGUCGCGUGAUUGAGAUCAUUUAUAAGGGUGGGCACAACCACGAUCCACCUCAAAAAAUUAGAUGCUCUAGACCAAGAAAGGUAUCUUCUGCUGGGCCUGGUGUAGGGAGUGAUACUGUAGAUUGUCCACUUGAAAAGCUAGAUAGUGCAGAAUUGUCUAUGUUUCAAACUAGGAGAGAAACUGGACAGACAUCAUUGCCUACGCCUGCAUUGGAAGGACCAGAGUCACAAGAUUCUGGCAAUUCUGAUGGUCUUGUGGGCAUUAAAGUAGAGGAAUGUGAUGAUGCACCAGAGACAAAGCAAAGGAUUGAAUCCGAGCAAUCAAUGCUGCUAGCACCUGAACAGAGAGGAAGAAGGUUAAGUAGCUCCAAUGAAAUUACUGGUUUUGAGACUGAUGAAGAGUAUGGUGAUGAUCCAGCACCUAAACGAAGGAUGAAAGACAAAGGUGUGGGAUAUUCAGUUCCCCUCUUUAGAACUGUUAAGGAGCCUAAAGUUGUUGUGCAUGCUGCUGGUGAUGUGGGAGUCUCCAGUGAUGGCUACAGAUGGCGCAAAUAUGGGCAAAAAAAAGUGAAAGGGAAUCCUUAUCCCAGGAGCUACUACAGGUGCACAUCUGCGGGAUGCCCUGUCCGUAAACAUGUUGAGAGAGCUGCAGAGGAUACGGCAGCCAUCAUAAUAACAUAUGAAGGGAAACAUGAUCAUGACAUGCCAGUGCCCAAGAAGCGGCAUGGCCCGCCAAAUUCUGCUCUUAUCGCUGCUGCUGCAGCCAUGAACAAUGCCCAGUGCAAGAAAACUGAGACUAACAGAACAUCUUCAACUCAUUCAUCCGUGGAUGUAGAAGGUGAUUUGACAGGUGAGAAGGCCUUGGAACUUGGAGGAGAGCAGGCAUUGGAGUCGGCUAGAACUCUUCUGAGCAUUGGAAUUGAACUCAAGCCCUGUUGAUUACUGUUAAAAGUCUCCUAGGGUCUCGUUUCAAUGGAAGUCAUGAAAAUUUUGUUUUUUCCCAUCCUUUUUGCAUACACCCCGUCUUCUGUAUAGAUUUUGUAUAUUCCCAUAUUCUACAUUAUUGUACCUCUUGGUUUAGCGUGGCUGCAUUGCGAUAUAAGCCUUCCCAUAUUUUAUUUGUGGAGAAGUAUUGAAAUGGAAUUUGAGUUAGUUUAGUUGUGCAAA